AUGGGUAAAAUAAAGAAAUUUGAGCACAAACAAAAUAAAUUUGAGUAACAUGUUGAAAAUCUGGACAAAAAGAUAUAAAAGAAGGAUAAAAAAUAAUAAUAAGCGCCUAAAUUAUAGCAAAAACGAACUACUUAAGAGGAGGCACCAAAAAAAAAGAAUUUAUUUGCAUUAGAUAGUGAUAAUGAAUAAGAGGAAUAAAAUGUAAUUAAGAAUUGGAAAUUCACUCACAAUGGUUAAGAUCUAUAAGAAGAUUAUAAUGAUUAAAUACCUGUGAGUUCAGAUGAUGAAUUGCCAAAAGGGUUUGUUAAAAACAAUCAUUUUGUUGGGUUCGAUUAAAAUCAAGAUAAGAGAAAGAGCAAAAAGGAAAUUUAUGAUGAAAUAAUCUAAAACAGUAAGUAACGAAAAGCUGAUAAAUAGAAAUUAAAGGAGGGCAAUUAAAUUAAGAUCUUAUAACUUAAUGAAGCAUUGCCAUAAAUUUUGGAUAUCCUUCCAAUCAAGUAAUCUAAGCCAUUAGCACCAACAAAGGAGGGUCUGGAUUAUUUUGAAUUGAUGGAGACAUUUAAAGUGGAUCCAAAGGUCUAAAUAGAGACUGCAGUUUAAUCAUCAGAAAAGGACUAGACAAAUUAUAUGAGGUAGAAGAGAGAGGAAGCAAAAAAGAAAAAAAUUGAAGAAAGUCGUAAGGAAAUAGAAAAGGAUUCAGACGAAGAUGAUGAAGAUGAAGUUGAAAAUGAUGAUUGUGUUAGCAAAUAAUAUAAAAAUGCCAAAGAGAAAAAAAUGUUAAAGUCAUAUAAAAAAGUAGAACAUUUGUCAAGAGUAAUGGAGCAUUUGAGAAAUGUUCAAAAUAGAAAGAAAACUAAAGUAGUAAAUAAGGCAGAUUAAUAACAUAAUGAAGAAGAAUAGGAUGAAGAAGAUGAUGAAGAGGAUUUAAAUGAAGUAUUAUCGGAGGAUUAGGAUGAAGAAGAUAGUGAAGAUUAUGAAGACGAUGACGAUGAUGGUGAAGAUGAUGAAGAAGGUGAAGAGGAUGGUGAAGAAGGUGAAGAUGAUGAUGAAGAGGGUGAAGAAGAGGAUGAAGAUGAAGAGGAUGAUUAGGAGGAUGAAGAUAGCGAAUCUGAAGUAAAACCUGUAAAGUAAAGGAAUGAAUAAAAAAAUAAGUCAAAGAGAAUUUUUAAAUGA